AUUUCGAUAAAAUUGAAAAUCGAUUAAAUGUAUCGCUGUCGAAAUAUGCAGUACUUUUACAGCACUGCUUGGUAUCUAUAGUUGUCUCGCUCUCUCUAUCUUCCUGCGUUCAAGACAACGCGCAAUUUUUAUUCUUUCUUUAAUUUUUUUUAUUAAUAAUUAUUUCGUUUAAAUAAUGUCCACAUUCAUGGACAUGCUCACCGGCAGUCAGUGCGUGGACCUGAAAAAGUGCGGCGAUGUAGUGGUCUCGCCCAGCGACAACAUGGUGGCCAUUUACUCUUUCUGCCGAGACAUUUUCGCACAUUUGCCGGAAUUUUUGAGGCACCUCCAGUGGGCCCACGUUGAUGUCCUGAAUUUCACCAAGGAGCAGAACGUGUACAGCUUGGAGGAGCUCCUAUCUGAGGAGGAGUAUGCCCAGUCGGCGGGGAACAACAGCAGCAGCAGCGGGGAUUCCGGCAUUAUGGAGGGCAUAAAGGAUUCUAAUUGCCAAAAACCAAUGAAAUAUAAAGUGGAGGACAUACUAUUAAAGGAGGGAUUCUCCCAACAGGAAGACAAACCGGUAGGCCGAGGAUUCAAAGGAUUUCGCAUCAAGGCAGAAAAUAAGGGGAACACCUUGAAAAUCUGCGAACUAAAGAGCCACACCAUUGCCAGGAAUUCGAGAAAACGUAUGAGCAGCGUGAAGAAGCGCAUCCUCAAAGCCAUUGAAAACGAUGAGCCCACCAAACUUCUUAAGAAACAGCCGAAAACUGAAUCUCUAGAAGAAGAUAACAUCCUAAAACCCAUUAAAAACGAUGCGCCUACCAAACUUCUAGUGAAACCGCCGAAUACCAACUGUAGUCUUCCUAUAACUGAACCUUUAGAAGUAGACAAUAUACAGCCACUUAAUUUUAAUACUCCUUUCAAGCCAACCAAUCAACUUAACUCUUAUAACUUAAGUGUAAGAAAAUCGACUUUAACCAGUGCUCGAAUCUCCACAACAGCCCUUUUGCAGCAUAAAGAGCUGAACUCUAAGCCAAAACUCAGCACAACAGUCCAGAAAGUCCCAGCUUGCUCCGCUUCAAGUGUGGUUAAAAAAGUAGCUCAGUUUCCAAAACCAGCCACAAAGAAUAUAUCAUCGCCCUUCCAAAUAAGACAAGUUGAAAUACUGCCAACAACUAAGUUGAGAGAUAGUGUGAUUAAAUCAAUACAAACUGAAAGGCCCUCGUUCAAAAGAAUUCUAGAGGAAAUUGGCAACUACCAUGUUGAGAAUCAGCCCACAAACCAAGGUGUUUCAGUUCUCAAACUAAGCCCAAUUCCAAACAAUGAUCAAAUGGUAUGUAAAGACAACACAACAAAACGUUUUAAGAUUGGAGUCGGAAAAUGAAGAUAAUUCAAAAAUCACACAGACAAAGGAAAAGCCUGUCGUAAAAAUAAAGCAGAUCCUAGACAAUACCAAAAAUCCUGUUUACAAGAACGCCAAUGCAAAACUCGUCAAGUUGGAUUCGAAAAAUAUAGAAAGACCCACCCCCAAAUGUUCAAUAAUCGACCUGGUAAAGAAAAAUCUAACCUGUUAAAAAGAAGCAGACAACCAGUACCAAAACAAAUCAAACAAAUACCAAUAGUUUUGCUACCAAGGACGACAAAUUGGAGUCAAAUAAUCUAGGUUUACAAACCACACAGCCUAAGGAAGACCUGCUCGUUAUAAAAAAGGAGCCAAACAAACCAAAGAAAAA